AUGACGUCGAACUACAUUAUCCACAUCGGAAGCAAUAUUGUAAAUAAGCGAUUAAAAAUCAGUGAGUACCUGAGCAAAUACGAGCGGAGAAUAAUUGAAAAAAAUACAAGUGCCUUUUUCUACAUUUUAAUUAACCUAAUUUUUGAUGUACCAAUUGAACGGUUCCGGUUGGUCAUAAAUAGAAAAUAUAUUUUUUUGAAGAAGAAAAAAAAACUCGAUGUUGUUUUCACAAUAACGAAGAAGUUACUCAUAAUGAAUAACAUAAGCGUAAAGGAAAGGUUCCUCCGUUUUGGAGAUGGGAGAGGCGAGGACGAGAGUGAUAGCACGUGUUGUGUCACACGGCCCGGUUACUUCCCCCCCUCUGAGCACGCGCUGCAUGCCGCUCCCCACCCGGAGCACAGUUUGAACCCCCCCACGUGGGAAGCCCCAGUCAACGACGCAAAUGUCAGCCUUCUUCCCACGUGGGAAUCCCCAGUCAACGACCCAAAUGUCAACCUCCAUCCCACGUGGCGCUUCCGCCCCAAGACGGUCCUCCUAGACAACACAAUUAAAAAAAACAACCCACUCAUGAAUGAAAAAAAAGAUAUUUCUCACCACAGCAUCAUGUCGAACAUGCAUACGAAUGCAUCUGCAAAUGGAGACAAGUUAGUGGACUCGAAAAAAUUCCUACACAACUAUGAUGAGUACCCCUUUCAGGGGAGUAGACCCUCAACUCCCUAUGUAAAUCUCGUUGGGAGUGUAAGAAGUGAAUACAAAAAGGAAGUGAAAAAAAAAUUAUCCUCGUACAACUCCUUCUACUUCAAAGAAAUUAAAAACAAAAUUAACCACUUUAAGGUCAAGUCAGGUGAGGAAUGCUACUGCUCUAGGAAAAACACCCACUGUGAUGCUAGCAACGUACACAUUUCUGGAGGAGAAAAUAAUUUUUGUGAGAAAAGAAGCAUCAUAUUGAUUAAAAAAAGUGACAACAAAUCGGGAAUCAACAUUUUUGAUGAGUUUCUGGAUAUCUAUUUGCU